UCCGGGGGGCCGCGGGGCUCCCCCCGCCCCAGGGACGCCCCCUCCCGGGGCCAGCCCGGGGCCCGGGGCGGGGGGAGGGGGCCGGCCACCAUGGGCCCCAAGCGGAGGCAGCUGACGUUCCGGGAGAAGUCGUACAUCAUCCAGGAGGUGGAGAAGAACCCGGACCUCCGCAAGGGCGAGAUCGCCCGGCGCUUCAACAUCCCGCCGUCCACGCUGAGCACCAUCCUGAAGAACAAGCGGGCCAUCCUGGCGUCCGAGCGCAAGUUCGGCGUGGCCUCCACCUGCCGCAAGACCAACAAGCUGUCGCCCUACGACAAGCUGGAGGGGCUGCUCAUCGCCUGGUUCCAGCAGAUCCGCGCCGCCGGCCUGCCGGUCAACGGCAUCAUCCUCAAGGAGAAGGCGCUGCGCAUCGCCGAGGAGCUGGGCAUGGAGGACUUCACGGCCUCCAACGGCUGGCUCGACCGCUUCCGCCGGCGGCACGGGGUCAUGACCAGGAACGGGGUGGCCAAGAGCCGCUCCCAGCCCGCCCCCCCCACGCAGCCGCCCCCCCUGCCCCGCGCCCCGGCCCCGGCCUCGGCGGCGGACGGCGGCAGUGGCCGCCGCUGGUGGGAAGAGCAGCUGCCGGCGCUGGCCGAGGGCUACGCCUCCCAGGACGUCUUUAAUGCCACCGAGACCUGUCUGUGGUACAACUUCCUCCCGGACCAGGCCCCCGCCCUGGGCGGCGAGGCCCGGCCCAGCCCCCGGCGCGGCACCGAGAGGCUGAUCGUGCUCCUGUGUGCCAACGCCGACGGGAGCGAGAAGCUGCCGCCGCUGGUGGUGGGCAAGCUGGCCAAGCCCCAGGGCUCGCGGGCCGCCGGCCUGCCCUGUGACUACACGGCCAACCCCAAGGGGGGCGUCACGGCCCAGGAGCUGGCGCGCUACCUCAAGGCCCUGGACGCGCGCAUGGCCGAGGAGUCCCGCCGCAUCCUGCUGCUGGCCAGUCGGCCGGCCGCCCCGGCCCUGGACGCCUCCGACCUGCGGCACGUCCAGGUGGCCUUCUUCCCCUCCGACACCCUGCAGCCCUUGGAGCGGGGGGUGGUCCAGCAGGUCAAGGGGCACUACCGCCAGGCGCUGCUGCUCAAGGCCAUGGCCGCCCUCGAGGACCACGACCGCUCCCGGCUGCAGCUGGGCCUCACCGAGGCCCUGCACUUCGUGGCCGCCGCCUGGGAGGCCGUGGAGCCCGCCGACAUCGCCGCCUGCUUCCGAGAGGCGGGCUUUGGGGGCGGACCGGGGCCGGACCUGGACGUGACUCUCAAGAGCGAUGAGGAGGAGGAGGAGGAGGAGGAGGACGAGGAGGAGGAAGAGGAGGAGGACAAUGAGGAGGAGGAGGAAGAAGAGGAGCAAGGAGAGGAGGAGGGAGAGGAAGAGGGAGAGGAGGGCGAGGAAGGAGAGGAAGAGGAGGAAGAGGAGAGCUCCUCGGAGGGGCUGGAGGCCGAAGACUGGGCCCAAAGCGGUGGUGGGGCAGGCGGGAGCUUUCUGGCCUACGGCGCCCAGUACGAGCAGGGGGGCCCGGCGGUCCAGCUCCUGGAGGCCGGGGAGGACUCUGAGUCGGAGAGCGAUGAGGAGGACGAGGAGGACGAUGACGAUGACGAGGACGAUGAUGACGAUGACGACGAUGAAGACGACGAAGUGCCCGUGCCCAGCUUUGGUGAGGCCAUGGCCUACUUCGCCAUGGUCAAACGGUACCUGACCUCCUUUCCCAUCGAUGACCGUGUCCAGAGCCACAUUCUCCACUUGGAGCACGAUUUGGUCCAUGUGACCAGAAAGAACCACGCCAGACAGGCGUCAUCCCGAGCCCUGGCACACCAGAACUUGGCCUGAUGAACUCUUUUGGGGAGGGCGUCCCUGACCCUGGAGCCUCGUGGUGCUGCCGUUUGUGGGAUUCCCGGGGUAGCUCUUUCAGGGACCAGGUGGCGACGGGGAUGGGGAACUGUGUCCAACUUGGGGGGGUUCAGCUCCCUUAGGAAAUGCCCCACACCCUGGCACCCUUUGGGAACUAGGUUAGGCCCUGUGUCUACCUGGGAGCUUGGUGGGAGGCAGCCUUUCCCUUUCCUUUCCUCCCUCCCCACCUUUUCCCUACCUCCUUCCCCAGCUGCCCGAGGGCUAGGAUGCCUGCUGUGAUUAGCAGGGUGGGGGGCUUCUUUUAAGGUGGGGAGAGUCCCUUAUGGGCAGACUCCACUCUAAAGUGCCCUACUAGUACUGACCAGCAGGGCCCCAUCUAGGGGGGUAGCUGGUGGAGGGAAGGGGUGGGGGAAUCAGGUCGAAGACAUUUUGCUUGGUUGGCAGGAGGGUGCCAGCCUGUAGGGCCCCCCUCCCAACCCUGUCCCCUUGGUCUCUCACCUUUCACACUCUGCAUGGAGAUUCAGCACUAGGGAAAGGGGCUGUUCCCAGUAGGGUUUCUAGGGAAGGGGGCUCUGAGGGGCCUGGAGAGGUGGCCCCGAGAAAGCACUUAAGAGACAGCAUGGCAGCGGGCCCAGAGCUGCAAACCUUUACCAAGCCUGCCUGCCAACCCGUAGGGCUCUCCCUGCCCCAAAGGGAAGCUGUUGAGAGAAGCACAGUUUCUUCCACCUCCCAAGAGUGGAACUGCUCCUCAUAUCCUCUGAUGGAUUUCUCGCUGUCCCUGGGCUCCCAGUCUCCCUUGGGGGGCCCCCCGGCCCACUGCUGCAGGAGAGACUGGGAGAGUCCCAAGCAUUACUCUUUCCUUGAGGUGGAGGGGGGUGAGGGGCUCUGUUUCUCUCUCGGGCUUGAUCAGGAUCCCAAAGCUGCCACAUCUUGCCUAGGCCCCCGUGCUCCCCCACCCUUCUCCCUCCGUAUGGUACCUUCUCUAACCUGCUGCAAGCUGACAGGGGAAUGGGGAGGUAUCACGACCUGCAGGGAGGGUGGUGGUGGGCCCUGGUUGGGUCCAACUACUCUCCAGCUAUUUCUUUUCCUAGUCUGAAUUCAAUAAACCCUUCUGACCCCCUUUUGCUGGGGGUUGGGUGUUUUGACA